AACUACACACAUGAAAGUGAUACACACACUAGGCUACACACAGACGCUCGCGAAGACAAUUGUAAUGUAACUGUCACUCUCCGUUUUCGACUAGAGCCCACAAAGAACUUCACAUUUUGACACGUGUAAUUUUUGUAGUAAAAUUUCUUAAGAUUCCACCAGAUCUUGCGCCUCUCGUACAACUCGUUGCUGUUUGGCUGAAAUUGCAUAAAAAACCCUUUCUCCUGGUGAGGAUGGCCUCUAGAACAGGGUUAAUACCUGCGACUGGUGCGACGAAGGAUGGCAGAAAUAAAGCAGAUGUGGCCUCCAGCAAACCCUUUCGGCGAUCAGUGGUACCUGGGGCAAGCCAAACUCAUCAAGCGAGGACCAAGUUUCAGCGUCCUCCUUCCCAGGCCAGGUCGCAGGCAGCAACCUCUGGCAAAGACAUCAAGGUCGCGGGUGCUGCCCGUAACCGCUUUUCUGUUGCGCAGAACACAAGCUCCAAAGAUGCUAGUCACCGUGUAGGAGGCAAAGCGCUGUCACGGCCAUCGGCAUACAAUGGGAAGGCUUUAGCUUCAAAAGAGCAGGUUUCAAAGUCAAGUGUCUCUGGUGAAAGAUUUGACCGUCGCAGCACCCCGGGACGUUUUACAGGCACCAAGACCAAGGACCAGAAGUGUCCGGUCAAGCAGCAGCCGCCAUGCACACCUGGAAGACCUGUCUUAACACCAGCGAAAAAAUCGUCCAAAAAAAGCAUUUUGAAGAAAACUAUCAAGUCGGAAGACCCUGAGCAGAAAGUUUCUCUGUGUAUGGAACACACGGAUGGCCGUCACGUGACUUUCAAGUCAAAGGCAACGCAGCAAGCCAGCUUAAGGUCCAAACUGAAUGCGUGGCUGGAGGCCAAAGGGAAAACUCCAAGCCGCUGUCGUCACCUCAUGUGUUUUGACGCCGAGAUGUCGGCGAGGAAGAAGGAGGACAGGCUGGUGGAUCGGAAGAUCACGUCGAAUCUGUUGUCUGGUCAGGCAGAAGUGUUGGAGAGAGAAGUGAGGAAGAACUUGUUCAACACCGCAAAGACUGCAGCCUCUCCAGUGGAGGCAAAGCCAAACCUUCAAAAAGAAAAUCUGGAACCAGAAUCUCUGUCCGAUGAAAAAGAUACCUCAGAUUUUGCAGAGGCUAAGGAGACGGACACGACCAUGGAGGAGUACGAGGAGAUCAUGCUGUCUCAGGAGAAGAUUGACGAGAUUCACGGCAACUUGAAGACCAUGCUGGACGAGUGUCUGACGCUGUUCCAGGGAGGCUGCCCCCUGGAGAACAUCCUGCCGUGGCUGGAGAAGAUGAUCCAGCACAUCCCGCAGGCGCAGUCGUUCGCCCCGUUCUACAUCACCAAGGCCAAGGUCGUCGAGGCGUUCCCCGAGCAGAUGCUGGAGGUGUUGUGUGACGCGGUGCGGCACAACGCUCAGCCGGCCGAUCUUCUGGCCGCGGAGAUGCACAAUCUGCUGUCCCCGCUCGUGACGAAAGCCUCCAGUGUGCUGGCCAGCCCAACAAGAACGAGCAGUUACGUCCCUUUGAUGUCGCCCCAGCCCAGAUUUUUCAACGACACACAGUCGCCGUAUCAACAGUCGCCCUAUCAAGCGUCGCCGGCCGGGAUGAUGGGCGGCCCAGCGGGUUGUGGGGAGAAGGAGGAGGAGAGUGACGCCCCCUUGUCGUCAGAGUCCACUCCGGCGGGGCGUAAUGAGGAGGCGGGGUCAGGGGUGGGGGAGUGUGGUGGGAGCACGGUCAAGUACAGCAUCUCCUCCACCACACCACUGCUCAGUAAAACCCCCGACGCUGCCCUCCUGGCUGUGGUGACUCCGGUCCGCCGGUCCAUCCGCCUCUCAGGCCGACGGUCAACGCCUGGCAUCCGCCGCGAGGUCAAUAGCGUGUCGGAUCUCUCGGAGGCGGAGCGCUCUACCAUGCUGUUCAAGGUCAACCCGGCUGUAGCAGGGGAGUGAACCUUGCGUCAUGGGUCGUCGGUCGGUGUCGCGGGAACUCGACCCUAGUACCCAGCCAGACUCUGGUGCUCGUGUUUAUAGAUGUAUGAAAAAAUAUUUUUUUUGUCGAGGACCAAAUUGGUGUAUCAUGAUUUUUGGUGCUGAAAGAUGUUUUUUUUCGAUGUUUUAAGUAUGUUUUAUGUGUCGUUUAUUUUUCUGAUUUUAAAGUGCGUUUUGCUUGUCUCUUUUUUUUUUGUUGUUUUUUUCUUUUUCUUUUUCAUGAUUUCGAAGUGAAAGUGUUCUUUGUGUGAUGUUUUUCUAAUUUCUCAUUUCAGUGUGCACUUUGUGUGCCGAUUUUCUGAUUUUAAUGUGCGCUGUAAUGUGGUAAUGUGUGUUGAUUUUCAGAGAUCACAAAGUGCAUUUUGUUUGUCAUUGGGGGUGUGUCAAACAACAAGCACAAUCCUCUUUGAUAAGUGCAGGACAAAAGCUCCACUCACUUACCUGUUGUUUUUUUACUGCCGGUAAAUGUGACACUUUUGUUGUUGUGUCUACAGCUAGCAUUUAUUAAGUUUCUUCUUCAAAGUUUCCAAAAUUAUGAUGCAUGAGUUUGGCUCUGGGCCGAUAACGUAUAAUUGUUAAUAUCAAAAUGUAUUUUUUACUUUCUAUGUGAAGAUUGUCUCAGGCACAAAUCACUGAAACUUUCCCUAAGGAAGACAUGGAGUGACAUCAAGCGACUAGCCCAGGAUUGGGAAAGGUGGAAAAUGUUUGUUCGUGGCCU